GGGAAGGGGACUGGACCACAGAUGGGACUUUGCACUGGAGGAGGGAGGUCUCUGGGAAGGCUGGUUCCUCAGCAGUAAGGCUGGGAGGAGGUCUUGAAGUCCCCUGUGGGAGGGUAGAGGGAGGGUCGCGUGUCCCCUAGGCAGGUUGUGGAGGAAUGGGCCCCAGGGUUUUAGAGAACUCUAAGGGAGGCGGUGUGAGGGGGCAUCGGAGGUCAGCCAGCCCUGCCUCUGCGGUCCCCAGCAGCAGCCUGCCACGCAUGGGAGUAAAGCGGAGCCUUCAGGGCUGGGGCACUUUGCUCAGCUUCAUGGCCUGUGUCGUCACGAUCCUGUCCACGGUAACCAACUACUGGAUCCUCCAUGAGAACGGGCACAGCGGCCUGUGGCAAGAGUGCACCCAGGGCCUGUGCUCCAACAUCCCCCGCCAGCCCACGAUCUUGAUCGCCUCGUUGUUCCUGGUGCUGUCGGCUAGCUGCGGUGUGGUGGCCACGGUGAUGGGGUUGCGGGUUUUGUAUCGGGCGGACGAGUCUCUGCGGGGCCAGACUACAAGCGUCUUGCUCUUUGUCAGCGGGCUGCUGCUGCUGAUGGCGCUGACCAGCUACACAGUGGGGAGUGCGAGGAAGGACGACGUCUUCUCCUGGUCCUAUUUUUCAGGGUGGCUGGCUUUACCCUUCUCUGUUCUCGCAGGCAGCUGCUUCCUGCUGGCGGACAUGAUUUUGCGGAGCACGGAGGCCAUCCGCACCUUCCCCGUGUGCCUGUGAGCGCGCCGGCCCAGGCGCAAUAAAGUGACGGCUCAGCUCGGA